UAGCGAUUAUUAAAAAUUCACACGUACCAGAGCGAUAUCGAUCGGUCCUCUCAAAGAGAAAGAAAAAGAAAGAGAGAGAGAGAGAGUGCAAGAGAUGGCGAUGGCGAGCGGAGAUGAAAGUGAUAACGACGAGCUGUUCAAUCGGGCUCGCGUGCGCGUAACGUCAUUCGAUUACGACCGGCUGUGUGCUUUCAAACACGCCGGACAUUCCAGCGAAGCGCCCAACCGUUAUAAAACUGAGAGAUCGCGAGAGGAUCCUCCGCGGAUGUAAAAUCGAGAAAGAUAUAUUACCUCGUCGACGAACGAUCGAGUGACGUACGUACAGUGGGAAUAAAACGUUACACAAAUGCGUAUACGUCAGAGACGAAGACGUGAGGCGUGAUGUUUUUGUCGAAUUAAAACGCAUAUUGACGCAUAUGCAUGUAUGCGUAGAGGCUGCGGCCGGUCAACGCGGUCCACCUCCUCUCCUCUUCCUCAAGGUUUUUUUUUUUUUUUUCCCUUCCUCCUCGCUAUUGCGCGUCGCCGCGUUGCCGUGCUCGCGUUACGGACACACGCAGUCGUGUCGUUGCACGCGCGCAGUUGCAGACGUGUUGCAGUUUUACAGUCGCGCGCGCAUUCUCGUCUUACAGCGUUAAACAACAUCAUCGUCGUCGCUGCUGCUGCUGCUGCUAAUGACCAAAUGGUACAACGCACUUCGAGACCACGUUUAUCCGCAACGCGCCGUCCCGUCGAGAGACCGUCCACGCGCGCGUAUACGCGUUCAUCAAUCAUCGUCCGGUUUCCGACGAGUCACACUUCGUCGGAGUAUUAAAAUUCGCGAGUGAAUUCGCCAAUCCAGAAGCGCUCCCGCGAGUGUCGAAAUACGAUACCCAUGUCGUGGAUAACGAUGUCGCGUUUCAUCUAUAUACCUCGCGCUCUAAUUGUCCUCUAUGCAUAAUUAUCGCCACGAACUGAUACGUUUGUCGCGCAAACAAUCGUUCGAAAGCAAGGAUUGUCAAUCAUAAAUUCACAAUGAGUUCGCAACCGAUUGUUGUGCCUGGUGGAGAUCAUCAGCGUCUACAGGCGGAAACUCAUUCUGUACCUCUUGGAAGUUCAGCGGAUGCCUUUAAGACUAUGACACCGCCGAAUGUCAGCAGAUCUCUUAGUCAACCAGCGGAUCGACAAUUUCGACGAAGCAGCGUUCAGGCACAGUCUACACCAUUACCUAAACUUCCAUCAACAGAGUCCCUUUCAACAAGCGUAAAUAUUACAGCCAGUGCACCUCCAGUUUCUCCAGGACUUUCCGGAAUGAGUGAAGGUCAAAAAGUUGACAAUUCAUCAGACAAGUCAUUGGACUCUUGCAAAUUAACACGAAAGGAAUCGUAUAAGGCCCAAAGAAAGAAUUAUCGAAUGGAGAAGAAAAGAGUAGCCAAUGAACUUUUAAGCUCUUUUAAAGACCCAACUGUUAUUGUUAUGAGUGAUUGGCUAAAAGUUCGUGGCACAUUAAAAAGUUGGACCAAAUUAUGGUGUAUUCUGAAACCUGGAUUAUUGCUACUAUACAAAAGUCCAAAAAUGAAGAGUAACCAUUGGGUGGGAACUGUAUUACUUAAUACAUGUCAAGUCAUAGAACGUCCAAGUAAGAAAGAUGGAUUUUGUUUUAAAUUAUUUCAUCCUUUGGAACAAUCUAUAUGGGCUCCUCGAGGACCAGAAAAAGAAGCUAUUGGCGCCGUUGUACAACCUUUGCCAACGUCUUACUUAAUCUUCCGAGCGCCAUCCCAAGCGGCAGGCAAAUGUUGGUUAGAUGCACUUGAAUUAUCGUUACGUUGUUCUUCAUUAAUAGUGCGCUCGACGAGCGCACUACCACGUCCUUUACCACACGAUACGACGACCACUCAUGAAACCCAAUGGAGCGAAGCUGAUUAUGAAAAACACUUUGAUGACCAUGAGUACAAUACCCGUCAAGUAGUAACGCUAGAUCGUGUGUACAUCUCGCGAACAGACCUGGACGAUAUUAGUCAGCCGGAAAAUGGAGUAGCAGCUGAUGCUGAAAUCAGUGCUUCAGAUAGCGAGUCUGAGACAUCGGCCAAAGAAGAUCAAUUGUCAGAGCCGAUCACUGAAACACCAUACAUUUCUAAUGAAAAAGAAGUUCUUGGAACAGCCGGUGAAGUUGUUACGGAGCUACAAGAAGAGCAAAAAUCUUUGAUAUGGUUCUUAAUGAAACAAGUUCGUCCUGGCAUGGAUCUGUCCAAGGUGGUAUUGCCAACUUUUAUUUUAGAACCACGUUCAUUUCUGGAAAAACUGGCCGAUUCUUAUUAUCACGCCGAUUUAUUGUCUCAAGCAGUAUUGGAAGAUGAUGCAUUUACACGUAUGAAGGCUGUAGUAAAAUGGUACUUAUCGGGAUUUUAUAAGAAACCACAAGGCCUAAAAAAGCCAUACAAUCCGCUUUUAGGUGAAACAUUCCGUUGCUAUUGGCAACAUGUUAAUGGUUCAAGAACAUUCUACUUAGCUGAACAAUUAUCACAUCAUCCACCCAUCUCAGGAUUCUAUGUGACGAAUCGCCAAGAUGGAUUUACUAUUAGUGCUACGAUUAUUGCAAAGUCUAAAUUUUAUGGAAAUUCAACCUCCGCAGUUUUAGAUGGUGUUGCUGUAUUAACAAUGCUACCAAGAGGUGAAGAUUAUACAAUGACAAUACCUUAUGCGCAUUGUAAAGGUAUUCUUAUGGGAACAUUGUCUAUGGAACUUGGUGGAAAAGUUAAUAUAAUAUGCGAGAAAACCGGCUAUCAUACCGAAUUAGAAUUUAAACUCAAGGUAACAAACAGUAUUAUUAUAUUUUAUUUAAUGAAUUAUUAACUUUGGCAUAUUGCGCUUUUACGCAAAACACUUUUAAGAAAUUUUUAUUAUUAAAAAUAUAUAAUAUCAAUAACGGACAAGCGAACAGGACAAGAAAAUAUAUUCUUCAAUCCAACUCCAGAAAUACGCAAGAAAAGGUUAAAAAAAUACACUGUUCCUUUGGAAUAUCAGGGGCCAUGGGAAAGUGAAAAAUUGUGGUAUGCUGUUACACAAGCCAUUAAUAGAGAUGAUCAACUCGCUGCGACUGAAGCUAAAACUCGACUCGAGGAAGCACAAAGGGAACGUGCUAAAGAGCGGAAAAGUCGCGGGCAAGAAUGGAUUCCAAAAUAUUUUCUUCAAGAUAUUAUAACGGGAAAUUGGGUCUAUCGGCAUGCCGAUGUAAGACCAUGGGAUCCGAGAAACGAUGUAGUACAGUAUGAAGAGAAUUAUAUAGUACGCACAAAGACAAGGCAUAAAACACCUAUUAUGCGUACUGGCAGUAUUGUGUCUACUGAACCACAAUCACAGAUCCCAUUACUACAAGCUGAGUCACGUUCAUCCUUAUCAGUGCUCAAAUCUUCAAAAAGACAGCUAUCUAAUAAUAUGCCUAUGUCAGAAACAGCUCAUGAUUCUGGGAGCUCGUCCGCAGAGGCGCAUAGCGAUUCUAGUCAAUCAUUAGGAAAGAGAAGACGUUCGAGUGCUAGAAUAAUAGUCAUAAUGAAAGAAGUAGAGAGUCAAAUGCUAGAACAUGGUGAAAAACUAAAUCGUAUACAGCAGAUUGUAGAACAAGUUUGCAAGAAGCAAAGAGAAUCCGGUGAACAGCAUCACAACAUAAGUAUGUUCAAGAGCUUCGUGGAUACUAUACUUAUUAUUAUUAUCGUUUUCUUAGUGCAAUACUUUGUAAGUGUAUGGAGCAAUAAUCCUACUAAGGGUUGAGGAAUUUAGUAACAUUGUUUUAUGUAACUCGUCACUUGAAUUAUGUAUAUCAAUUUUUUGUCUUAAAAUUCUCACAGCGUGGUGUCGGUACUAUUUCAUCAUCGUGGUGAGGAAAAUCAUAUCGGGAAAAUAUAAUAAUAUAAUUUUUAUUUUAAAACAAUAUUUGUGGAACACAUUCGUCUAUGUAGAAAUAAAAUAUUAAAAGAAUCCACGCAACGUAGAUUCAGUGCAAUGAUAUUUUGUCAUAGUUGCAAAAAUGCAAAAUGUCAAGUACAGAAGCUAACAGUCUAUAUGAGCUUAUAUUGUAUAUAGAGCUUAAUUAAUGUGUGAAGAUAUAGUGUUCUCGAAUUACUAAUCCAAUUUUUAUUGCAACCCAUCAGUACCAAAUUGUAAUAUAAUCGUAUGAUUGUUGUAAAAAUGUUCAGUGUCGUCAGUUUUGUAGCUAAUUUAUUAUAAACCUUCUUAUAUUUAAUUCUGUAUUAAUAUACAAUAUAAUGUAUAGCAUAUUGUAAUUUCAUUUCAAUGUGAUAUCUCAAGUUUACAAUAUUAUCUUGCUUAUAUUAAAUUGUUAUAUGUUUUAUGUAAAUUAAUAAAUUCUGUUAUUGUUUAUAUCGGUUAACUCGGGUUAGAGGACAAAAUAUUCUAUGUUUACAUAAUAUUGAUAAAAAUUUUCUUUAGAACUCCAAUAAAGAGAACUUACGAUAUUAUUUUAUUUAUCGCCGAGAAUUAUAAGUUUAUUCAUGUGAUAUCUCGACGAUAGCAAUAGUACCAAACUUGUAUAUAAAAUAAUCUAUGCACUUUGUUUGACAUUACAUUCAACAUAAUUAUCCACAAUUUUUUUAAAUCAGUAAGCAUAUUUAUGUAAUUUUUGGAAACUUUAAAUUCAAUAAAAUAAUAUAGUUUAACAAA